AUGAGUAGAUAUGACGAGGGUCCAACAUCAAGUUUGGGAUCGGAUUUUAAAAAACAAGAAAUGAUUUGGUACGACAAAUUUAUUGGAAGAGUACCGGAAGUGAGGAUGUUAGCAACCAAAGACCUGCUCUGGACACAAUUUUGUGGAUGUAUUAAAGAAAUAGAAAGAGAUGCAAUUCGGAGACAAAUCGGGGAGAAAAUAAUUUCGGAAAAUGAAGAGUUACAUUGCGAAUUACAAAGCUUGAUAGAGAUUUUAUAUGAUUACAGAGGUGAAACGAUUAAAAGUGAAAAACAAGUCGAAUGGGAAAGAAUGUCCUUUCAAGGAGACACGGUUUUCAAAAAAGUGAAGCUCAAUAUUCAAACUCUUACAGAAAUGUUGAAAAAGCAACAUGACAUGUUUAUAGAAUCUGAUAAAGAAAAACAAGUGUUAUCGUUUAUUCUAAAUGAAUCUAGGCCCCCUAGUAGACCUGAAACGCCACGUCCAUCUUCUCUCCAAUCCUCACAUUCAAGCAAUACUAGCUCAUCUUCGGGGUUUUCUGCAGGACUGGAGCUGAGUGAAGUAGAAAAGAAGUUAAACUUUCUUUCCAUUGAGGAAGUGUUAUGUAAAAUAAGGGAAGCAUUUAAUUUUGAAAAGGAAAUACUGCAAGAAGACAUUGAGUAUAUUCGAGAAUUAAUUGAUGAGGAAUUUUCUUAUAACAAAUCAUUGCAGGAAUUUAAGGUACCAAGUAUUUUGGAUUUAAAAGCUCUUGAAAAUAAGCUUCAAGAAAAAGCUAGAAUAUCUACGCCACCUCCAGAAAGGAUGAAAUCAACUCCACUCAAACCUUUACAGCCACCACCAAUUACCUCCUCGACGAGAACAGCCACAAAAGAAAAGAAACCUCCUUCUCGAUCCAUCACACCCUCCAUUCCAUCCACCACGACGUCAACACUGCCAUCUAGACCAUCCUCUACGGUCAGUAAACUGAAAAGUGCCUUACGUCAAAGUAGAGAACUCUCUGGCACCAAUAAAUAA